AUGGCUCUGUUUUCCUAUGUUUCACUCUGCAUGGUUCUUCUCUCAUCCUUCUUUUUCUUCACAUGUUUCUCAUCAAAACCCAAUAAUCACCAUGCAAACGACUCAUUCUCCAUCUCUUUCCCUUUAACAUCUCUUCCACUUUCCACAAACACAAAACUUUCUACCCUUUCAUCAUCUUCAUCUUUAAACCUCAAAUCAUCUUUCAAAUAUUCUAUGGUUCUUGUCGUAACUCUCCCCGUUGGAACACCACCACAGCUUCAACAAAUGGUUCUUGACACGGGAAGCCAGCUUUCCUGGAUUCAAUGUCACGACAAAAAAACAACAAAAAAACAACCUCCGACAACAUCAUCGUUUGAUCCUUCUAUGUCCUCGUCUUUCUAUGUUCUCCCAUGUAACCACCCACUUUGUAAGCCUCGUGUUCCUGAUUUUACCCUUCCCACAGAUUGUGAUGCAAAUCGUCUAUGCCAUUAUUCCUAUUUCUACGCUGACGGAACUUUAGCCGAGGGUAAUCUCGUCAGAGAAACAAUCAGUUUCUCUCCUUCCCAAACUACCCCUCCUAUUAUCCUCGGUUGCGCUACUCAAUCUAACGAUGCUAAGGGUAUUUUGGGAAUGAAUCUUGGUCGACUUUCUUUCUCUUCUCAAGCUAAAAUAAAUAAAUUUUCCUAUUGUACCCCUUUAAAACAAACCCAACCUGCACCCAGUUCAUUUUUCCUCGGAAAUAACCCGGAUUCGUCGCGGUUCCAUUAUGUUAACUUGUUGACUUUUUCUCAAAGUCAACGUAUGCCAAAUUUGGACCCCUUGGCCUACACACUCCCUUUGCUAGGAAUUAGCAUUGGUGGGAAGAAGUUGAAUAUUCCACCUUCGGUUUUCAAACCGGAUGCUGGCGGGUCGGGUCAAACCAUGAUUGACUCCGGAUCCGAGUUUACUUAUUUAGUGGAUGAGGCUUAUAAUACAAUACGUGAGGAGUUGGUUAAGAAAGUGGGUCCCAAAAUUAAGAAGGGCUACGUGUACGGUGGUGUGGCUGACAUUUGUUUUGAUGGAGAUGCGAUUGAGAUCGGACGGUUGGUGGGAGACAUGGUGUUUGAGUUUGAGAAAGGGGUGCAAAUAGUGAUUCCUAAAGAAAGGGUUCUUGCUGAGGUGGAAGGUGGUGUCCAUUGUUUUGCAAUUGGUAGGUCAGAAAGAUUGGGUGCGGGUAAUAACAUUAUCGGUAACAUUCAUCAACAAAAUUUAUGGAUAGAAUUCGAUCUUGCGAAUCGGAGAGUUGGAUUUGGUGAGGCUGAUUGUAGCAAAUCGGCUAAAUAA